AUGGCGGAAAACACUCAGCCGCCGCCGUCGCCGCCGCCGCCGCCGCCGCCGCCGCCGCCGCUGCAUUGGAGGGAUGCUUCGGUUGGCUUGUUUCGGCCGGCUGCCGGCUAUUCGUCACCGAUUCACUUUGACCGCGGCUUGGAAGUGGCGCUUGCUUGCCCCCGAAGACGGGAAUCGGACGGAAGCGACGAGCCGUCCCGUCUUCGUUUUGUGUCGCUUGGGCCGGGCGGGAGCUUCAGGUGCGGACACCUGGAACGCCUUGCUAUGAAGCGUCCCUUAGGCCCGUGGGCUCCGCCGAGCUCCGAGCCGAACGCGCUCGCUGACGGCGAGGACUGCGACCGGGCGUCGUCGGGGGGCGCUCAACGAGCCAAGAAACGACGCGGCUGCACCGUGUGCGAGCUUUGCGACAUCCGGCUCAACUCGGCGGCGCAGGCGCAGAUCCAUUACAAGGGCAAGUCGCACCAGAGGAGGCUCAAGCAGAACAGCCGUGGAGGCAACAACGCAGGUACGUCGGGGCAGAGCGGGCCACUGGUGACCCCGCUACCGGUGACGGGCCGGCCGCUGCAGCCUCAGCUGGACCUCAAGCACCUGCUGCCGUUCAGACUCAACGGUUCCUCGCCGCUCAGCCUCUUCCCCAACUUCAAUACGAUGGACCCUGUUCAGAAGGCGGUGAUCAAUCACACCUUUGGCGUCCCUCAGCCCCUCAAGAAGAAACAGAUCAUCUCGUGCAACAUUUGCCACCUGCGCUUUAAUUCUACGAAUCAGGCAGAGGCGCACUACAAGGGCCACAAGCACGCACGCAAGCUCAAAGCCGCCGAGGCGCAGAAGAACAGGCAGCGGCGGUCCGGCGAGGCUCCGUCCGGCGGAAGGGAGCGAGACGGGACCAAGACGUCGGAGCUCGCUCUCGUGGACUCCGGCUCUGAGGAUGGAACGUGUCUACGGUCGGACCCGGAAGCGUCUUUCCCGGACGUCGAAAUUGAGGAGGAGAGUCCCGGUAGCUCGGCCGCUCUGACGCCGGUCCCGGGAGAGGCGAUCGUAGAGCCGGCGGCGGCCUCGCCUACGUCGUCGCAGUUCGCCGACCCGAUUUCCAACGCCGAUGCAACGGACGCCCCCGAAAGCGCGGAGGCUGGCGGGGCCGACGCGUGCGACGCCGACGGCGAGGCGCGGACCGACGAAGAAGGCAAAAAGAGCAAAGCGCACCUCCACUGUCCUGUGUGCAAAGUGACGGUGAACUCCGCCUCCCAGCUGGAAGCCCACAACAGCGGUACCAAGCACAAGCUGAUGCUGGAGGGUCAAAGCGUGCUGCCCCGUCGCCGCGGCAAGAUGGCGGCCAUUCGCGCCGGCUGUAAGAGCAAGCGCUUGGCAAGCAAAAGCAGCCUGGGCGUAUCCGCCAAGAGUUUCCAAUGCGAAGUGUGUGAGAUCUCGCUCAACUCAGAGACGCAACUCAGCCAGCACAUGAACAGCAGACGGCACAAGGAUCGAAUGGCCGGAAAACCUCCUAAGCCUAAAUUUAGCCCGCAUAGCAAGAGCCAGCAGCCCAGCUUAGCGAAUAUGCGAUGGAGCGGCUGCGCAGGCGCGGCCGUGUCGGCCAUGAAGAAAGCUUUGGGCCAGUACAGCCUCACCUCACUCUCGUCGCAGACCAAACUGGCCUUGCAGAAGCAGCUGAGCAAGAGCUUGAGCGCAGGCUUCCUGCCCGGCCCCUUAACGCCGCCCACCCUGUGCACGGUGGCCACCAACCCGCUGGCGCUGCGCCACCCCCUGGGCGCCGCCUCCGCCGCCUUCAUACAGACGCCCUUCUUGGGUCCGGCGCUUUUCCGGCCCGCGCCGGGGCCUCUGCGAGCCGCGCACGCGCCCAUCAUCUUCUCGCCCUACUAA